AUGAGUGUCAAUUUCUCCAAGCUUGAGGAAGACACCCUUCGUUUCUGGGACGACAUUGACGCCUUUGCGACACAACUUAAACUCACAGAAAACGGCCCUCGCUUUUCCUUCUAUGAUGGACCUCCUUUUGCUACCGGGUUACCCCAUUACGGACACCUCCUCACCUCCACCAUCAAAGACAUCAUACCUCGGUAUUGGUCUAUGAAAGGGUACUACGUCGUACGGAGAUUUGGCUGGGAUACCCAUGGUGUACCUGUCGAAUAUGAAAUUGAUAAACGCCUUGGCAUGUCGGGCAGAGAUGCUGUCCAGCAGAUGGGUGUUGCCAAGUACAACGCCGAGUGCCGCGGCAUCGUGAUGCGAUAUGCGUCCGAAUGGCGAGAUACCAUCAGACGUUUGGGAAGAUGGAUUGACAUGGACGAUGAUUACAAGGCCAUGGAUGUCAACUUCAUGGAAACAGAAUGGUGGGUCUUCAAGCGGCUUUUCGACAAAGGCCUGGUAUACCGAUCGUAUCAAGUCAUGCCUUAUUCUACCGCUCUUUGUACUCCCUUGAGUCACAUGGAAUCCAAACAGGCUGAGCGAAUGACUCAAGACCCAGCCAUUGUGGUCUCCUUCCCCGUCCUGGCCCAGACAGAUCACAGCAAUACGUCACUACUGGUCUACACGACGACGCCAUGGACACUUCCUUCGAAUCUUCUCAUAGCUGUUCACAAAGAUUUUGAGUAUCUCAAAAUUCUGGAUGAGAAUACCGGUCGCCAUUACAUUACUCUGGAGAAUGGCCUCAGGAUGCUUUACAAGGACCCCGCCAAGGCCAAAUACAAGCUCCUGAGCAAAAUGAAAGGCCAUGAAAUGGUUGGCUGGAAAUACGAACCACUUUUCUCGUACUUUGCAGAGCAGUUUUCCGAUUGCUUCCAGAUUAUCGCCGCCGACUACGUCGAAGCUUGUGAAGGUACUGGACUCGUGCCCCAGUCACCAGCCUUCGGCGAGGAAGAUUAUGAGACAGCAACAGCGGCAGGCUUUAUCUCUCCACGACGCCUUCCCCCAUGUCCAGUAGAUGAGAAGGGUCUGUUUACCUCGAAAGUCGUCGAGUACGCCGGCCAGCACGUCAAAGCUGCUGAUAAAGGCAUUUUACGGGACCUGAGAAAGACAGGACGACUUGUUCAUGAAAGUCAGAUUAUGCAUUCUGACAAGUUUUGCUGGCGUUCUGACACCCAGCUCAUUCGACGUGCCGUCUCCUCUUGGUUUGUCAAAGUCACGGAGGAUCUUCCCACCAUGCAAAGAAACUUACAGGGCACAAAAUGGGUGCCAUCGUUUGUGAAGGACAAACGUUUCGCGAAUUGGGUAUCUGGAGCCCACGACUGGAAUGUGUCUCGAAACAGAUAUUGGGGUACACCUAUACCAAUCUGGGCGAGCGAUGACUAUGAGGAGCUUGUCUGUGUUGGUAGCAUUGAGGAAUUGCGCCGUCUGAGUGGCUACGAUGGACCACUCGACGACCUUCAUCGGGAUAAAAUUGACCACAUUACGAUACCAUCAAAAAGUGGUAAGGGCCGGCUGCAUAGAGUAAGCGAGAUUCUCGACUGCUGGUUCGAUUCUGGAUGUAUGCCGUACGCUUCUAUUCACUACCCCUUUGAGAACAGCGACGCUUUCGAAAAUGGACAUUUCCCUGCCGAUUUCAUUGCCGAAGGCCUAGAUCAAACCCGCGGCUGGUUUUAUACGCUGACUGUCCUUGGGAACUUGCUGUUUGAGAAGUCGCCCUUCAAAAAUGUGCUAGUCAAUGGCAUGGUCCUUGCCGAAGACGGCAAGAAGAUGUCAAAGAGUCUCAAAAACUACCCUGCACCGACUCGAGUAUUUGACGACUAUGGCUCAGACGCUCUCAGACUGUAUUUGAUCAGUUCACCGGUCGUCAAGGCGGAACCUCUGCGCUUCAAGGAGGCCGGUGUCAAGGAAAUCAUUUCCAGCGUACUUUUGCCAUUAUGGAACAGUUAUCGCUUCUUCUCGGAACAAGCAGCUUUAUACAAGAUUAACCAUGGGGAGAACCUGGUCAUGUCCCCUGACUUUGCCGCCACCGACUUGGCAAACGUUAUGGAUCGCUGGAUACUUGCCCACUGCCAAAGUCUCCUGCAAUUUGUUGAACAAGAAAUGGCUGCCUAUCGUCUUUUUACCGUGGUUCCGCGUCUGGUGACAACUAUUGACAGCCUCACAAACUGGUACAUUCGAUGCAACCGGAAGCGCCUCAAGGGUGUCGCUAGCUUCGAUCAAAACGACACUUUUACGGCCCUUCAGUGUUUGUUGCAAGUUUUAUUCACCCUUGUAAGAACCCUCGCGCCGUUUACACCAUUUAUUACCGAACACAUAUACAGGCUGCUCAAGCCACAUCUUGCUCCAGUUCUUAGCCAGUUCCAGGAUUCACGCAGUGUACACUUCUUACCCUUCCCCACCCUCCAGCACGAUUUAUUCGACGAAGGCAUUCAGCAAAAGGUACAGCUUGUGCAGCAAGUCAUUCAACUUGGACGUGUGGCGCGUGAACGCAAUGGUAUAUCUUUGAGGACGCCCCUUUCGAGAGCUGUAGUCAUCGCCGACGAGCGCCAGCUGAAAGAGUUGGAAUCGGUUUCAGGAUACGUGCAGGAAGAAUUAAACAUUCAUACGGUAAUUCUGAGUUCUGACGAGGCCAAGUACGAUGUUGUACUCGAAGCCAGGGUUGAUUGGCCCACACUCGGAAAGAAGCUGAAGAAGCAGGUCCAGUCCGUUCGAAAAGCAUUGCCGGGACUGGCUCAAGAUCAACUACGCACUUUCCAGCAAACCAAGGUCCUUGAAAUCGCAGGGGUCACUCUUGGGGACGGGGACAUUACCCUGGUACGAUCAGUCCGGCAGAGGAACAACGGGGAAGACGGCAAGCCAAGAUGGGAAGCAACUUUUGGUGAUGGUGUGAUGGUUCUACUUGACAUCGAAUCGAGUGCGGAGCUGGAGGCAGAGGGGCUGGUCCGCGAUCUCAUAAGCCGAGUUCAGAAAUUGCGAAAGCAGGCCAACCUAGUGCCAACGGAGGAUGUGCGGAUGGCGUAUGCAGUGUUGGCGGACUCGGAAGGACUGAGUCUGAACACGGCCAUUGCAGAUCACAAGCAUCUCAUUGCUAGUGCGCUUCGCGGGGAGCUCUUCCUAGAGACUCACAAAUCAAUGAAGGCAUCAGAGACAUGCAUACUGCGAGAGGUCCAGAAUAUCAGUGGCGUGACUAUCGAACUCGCCUUGUUCAGGGACUAG